GGAGCUGCGGCUGCGCCUCCAGCACAGCGACUGCACCGACUUCGACGCCCAGCACGGCAAGCACAGCCAGCGCUCCUUCUGGGCGGCGCUGCGGCAGCGGCCCUCCCUUCUGCUCGUCACUGCGUUCGUGUUGAUGUUCCCUGUCCUCUUGCUGGUGGCUUCGGUGCGCCUCGCGUUCCGGGAGACGGACGACUUCGACCCCUCGUCUGAGAAGCAAGGCCUGCUGGGCAAGGCGCUGGACUGCUUCGCCGCGCAGAACACGUGGCGCGCGCUCCGCCGCCACCAGAAGUCCCAGAUCCACUGCAUCCAGGGCCUGCGCACCAUCAUCAUGCUCUGCGUCAUCAUCGGCCACAGGAUCACCUACUUGUUCGGCGGCCCGCUGCUCAACGCGAACUUCGUGGAGGCGGCCUACUCGCGCGUGGACAGGAUGCUGCUGUUGAACGGCACCGGCUUGGUGUCCACCUUCUUCGUCAUCAGCGGCUUCCUGGAGGCGCGGCUGCUCUUGAGGCACUACGCCGAGCACCGCCGCUUCAGCGUCGCGUUCCUGCUGCAGCAGUACGUCAGCCGGUACUUUAGGCUGCUACCCGCACUCGCCGUUGUGCUGGCCAUCCAGACGCAGUGGAUGCAGUACAUGGGCUCGGGGCCCGUCUGGGGCCAAGUGGCGGGCAGGGUGGUGCGGGACUGCCAGCAGUACUGGUGGACGCACCUCCUCUUCGUCAACAACUACGUCGGCCAGGGGUCCACUUGCAUGAUCCAGACCUGGUUCGCCGCCGCGCUCCUGCAGAUGUUCCUGUUGACGCCGCCGCUCAUGUGGCUGGUGAGCCGGUGGACGCAGCGCGCGCUGUGGCCGGGCUGCCUGCUGCUGGGGCUGCUGCUGGCCGCCAGCGCCGUCGUGCUCUACGCCACCACCGUGCACCUGGGGCUGGCGCCCACCUAUUUGUCGUAUCCCCGGAUGCUGCUGCGACAGGGCUUCGCCACCAACCCCACGUUCGUGUACCAGUACGUGCUCGCACACACCAACGCCCUGCCCUACGUGGUGGGCCUAUUGGCGGGCACCCUGUUGUAUCUGGCCGACCUUCGGGCAUGGCGGCCUUCCGAGCGGGUGGCGACCCGGCUGUGGCUGGGGAUCCCCCUCGGCCUGCUGCUCCUGGGUGGCACCAUCGUCUCUGCAUUCGCCUUCGUGCGGCCCUCGUUCGAGGCCCGGCCGCUGCUGGACGCGGCCUACGGCCCCGCGCGGCUGCUGGGGUUCUCGCUGCCCGCCGCCUGGAUCAUCUUCACCAGCGCCAUGGGCUAUGGAGGCGUGUUCGACAGCGUCUUGUCGUGGUCGCCAUUGGUGGCGCUGGGCCGCCUGUCCUUCUCGGCGUACUUGGCGCACCUCACCAUCAUCAUCGUGUCUGUGGGCUCCACGCGCCAGCCGGUCUACCUCAGCGACUACACCGUGGUCAGUCAAGGCGUGGCCGAUGUCGUCCUCUCCUACGUGGCAGGCCUGGCGCUGUACUUCUGCGUCGAGGCCCCCAUGAUGAACCUGCAGGCCAUCGUCUUCGCCCGGCUAAACAGUGCGACGGCCUCCACCACCGAGAAGGCCUCGCGGGACGAGCCGGCGAGGGGGAAGGCCCCCGGAGAAGCCCAGGACGCCGACGAAGUGCACGAGGACGCGGCCACCAGGACCUCGACGAGCACCUGAAGCGUCGCUGCAAACCAAGUUCCUAUCACGUGUAAACUCCUCGUUCCUAAAAAAAACAGCUGUUAUCACAUGAGCAGGCAAAAAUUCCUACGAUGCGCCAGUGUCAAAGGGGUUGCCAACCUCAGCCUGCCCACUGGGCCACGGGCACAUAAUCGGCAAAGUUACCAAGGCUGUGGUUGGCCCUUUCAACACUAAUGCAUCGUGGAGUUUUCUUUUUUGCCUGCUCAGGUGUCAGCACUGCUACAAAAUGCGCCAAAAUAAAGA